UGCUAUGUUGCUAUGACGCCGCGCGCUUCCGAUGUAAACAGUGUUUUUAGUUGAAUGUAAUUUUGUUUGUAUUUUCGAAAUAAAUAGAGUUUAAAAGCCGAUAUGAGUGUGCUGAAUCAAGGAAGAAAUGAAAUACGAUUCAACAAUUCAGACGGCAAAUGUCUGUUGGAAAACUGGGUCGAAGAGCGCGCUGUUAAAGACUAUGACACUGUGACUGAUACAACAAAAUCUUCUGCAAGUAAAGCAGAACUGUUUCGGGAUGGACAUGCAGGGGUUCUGACAAUUAACCUCGAUGCCAGGCCAGCAAAUGAGACUACAGUAAAAGCUUCAUAUAAAACGCCAGUUCACCCAGGAAUACCACUUGAAGGAAACAAAAGUAAAUUGAUGAGACAGAUGUACAUGGAGAAAGCCAUCCAAGAAGUAUUUGUAGACGACAUAAACCCACCACAACCAGAGCCAUUAGAUUAUAAAUCAGUGACAGCGAACGAUUUCAAUAUUGAAGGGUUUCAACAUGUUCCGCCAAAACCAACCAAGAAUCACAAUUAUAGAACAGAGCAGCCGGUGUCAUUCUGGAGUGAACAUAAAGACAGAGUUACUGGUGUAAGCAGUAUUAAAACACGAGAUACCUGUUUCAGAAAAAACGAUGCCUUUAGUCAACCAAUUGACGAAUGUUUUGAUGAUACUCAACCCUACGACCAGGAAAACUAUCCGAAAAUAUGAUAUCAUCGUUUGUGAAAAGAUUCUGUGCAAAAACAUUUUUACUCUUAAUUAUGACGAAAUCCUGCAUAUGUAUAUAUUAAUGAACUUGUAAAUAAAAUGUUUUGUACUGUA